UGCAGUUCGUAGUUCCUUGCAAUCCUGAGGCACAAAAGUAGGUGAGACUGCUUUUGUAUCUGCGAAGUGCUUCACUCCUGAAUGUAAUUCUAGCUGAGUGCAAUCUAGGUUAAGAGCCGGACAAGCGGGUAAUUAGAGCCCGCUCGCUGCCAGAGGACCGGCCGCCCCGCCGAAGCGCGCCCGGAGUCGGCGCCCUUCUCCCGGCCGAGUCAAGCUGCGGCUGGACACGGAGCGCCCGAGAUGAUGGUGCUGGACAAGGAGGACGGUGUGCCGAUGCUCUCCGUCCAGCCCAAAGGGAAGCAGAAGGGCUGCGCGGGCUGCAACCGCAAGAUCAAGGACCGCUACCUGCUGAAGGCCCUGGACAAGUACUGGCAUGAGGACUGCCUCAAGUGCGCCUGCUGCGACUGCCGCCUGGGCGAGGUGGGCUCCACCCUCUACACCAAGGCCAACCUCAUCCUGUGCAGGCGCGACUACCUGAGGCUCUUCGGCACCACAGGAAACUGUGCCGCCUGCAGCAAGCUGAUCCCAGCCUUCGAGAUGGUGAUGCGGGCUCGGGACAAUGUUUAUCACCUUGAUUGCUUUGCCUGCCAGCUCUGCAACCAGAGAUUUUGUGUGGGAGACAAAUUCUUCCUGAAGAACAACAUGAUCUUGUGUCAGAUGGACUAUGAGGAGGGGCAGCUCAAUGGCACCUUUGAAUCCCAGGUUCAGUAAUGCCCAGCGCCUGACCUCCAGGCCCGUCUGUCCGUCUGCCCGCCUGCCCACCGCCUGGCCGGCCAGCCGCUCUCCUGCGAUUAGAACUCCUCUGUCCUCAUUGGGAAGGACGGCCCCUCCUCCACCACCGCCCGUCUGUGUGUGACCCUCCUGGGGCCAGGCUGGGCCUGUACAGUCUGUCUUCUGUAUAUAAAUGGGAACAUUUAUUUUAUGAAAAAUGUAAUGCGAUUUUAUUACUGGCGUGGAUUAAACUUAUGAAUGUUUCU